CAAUCUAAUUGGAAUUAUAUAAUUCUGUUGAUAAUCUAAGCAAAUUUUAAAAUCUUUAAAUUUAUUGCUUACAUUUAAAAUAACAGUUUACUUACUGGCCUUUUCCGCUAAAACUACCAUCACUGCAUUCAUUAAAUUAUAGUGAAAGGUUAAACAAUUUAAAAGAAAUUCAUAGAACUGCGACCUAACUGGGUUUAAAAAAAAAGCGUAAACAGAAAACAAUAACUUACGAAAAUGAGCGCCAAAUCUCCAGUUUAUUAUAAUGCGGAUGCAGUGCGUCGCGUUCUCAACUGGCCGCUGGUCAAUGAAGCGGUGGAAUCGGCACUCAAAGCAGUAGUUAAGCCCCGAGAUCAGAAACCACCUGGAUCAUCCUUUGCCAUCCAACCGAAAAGGAGUUUCACCGCCUGUGGUGAUAAUUCCAAUAAGAUUCUGUUCACCAUGCCGGCAUUUGUGGGUAACUACAGCAUAGCAUCGGAGGAAUCUCCAGGGAAAGUGGUCAGUCCGCGCUCCACACUGGCCUGCAAGCUGGUGACCUCGUUUGGUGGCAAUCCGCAGCGUGAUCCUCCGUUACCCAGCAUCCAUGCCCAUGUCCUGCUAUUCGACAACCAAACCGGUCAACUAUCGGCCAUAAUGGCGGGCACGGAUUUGACCACCUGGCGCACUGUGUCCGCUUCACUGGUGGCCACCAAGCAUCUGUACUUCCGUCGUUUUGGUUCGCUGGCGGAGACGGAAAGGGAAAUCAACGUGGCCAUCGUUGGUUGUGGAGUACAAGGGCAGCUCCAUGCCGCCGCCUUUUGCGAGCACUUCCGGGUGAAGCAACUCAAUCUGUACAAUCGCACGGAGGCGAAAGCGCAGGAAUUGGCGGAGCAACUGCAGCGGGAACUGAGAGGCGAAAGCGCAACGCAGAUUGCAGUGUGUCGGAGUGCCAAGGAAGCUUGCCAGGAUGCUGAUGUCAUUUGUAUUGCCACGUUCUCCAAGGAGGCUCUCAUCCACAUUGAAGAUCUGAAAAGCAAACAGGGCGUUCACAUUAAUGCCGUGGGUGCCGGUCCAGGCUGUCACUUUUCGGAGGUGGCUCCAGAUCUUUACCGCCAAGCUCAGGUCUAUGUGGAUUGCUAUGCUAAUGCCGAGGCCGAAUUAAAAGGUUUUCCAGUCCCGAUCACCGCCGAGCUGGGAGCCAUCAUCCUUGAUGGCAACUACCCCGAGAAGACGGCCAUCUCGGUCUUCCAAUCCAUGGGUGCGUAUUCGAUUUGUCAAAUUAGUUUAAAUUUACUUCAUCAGCCCUUCAUAAUUAAAGCUAUCUCUGUCUUUUCCAAAAUUUAAAUCAAAAUUAUUUGAAAUACGACAUCUUAUAACGUAAAUCUACCGGAUAUUUAAUGUAUUGUAUUUAAACAAAAUAAACUAUUUUAACUAUUUCUUAAUCUUUAUCAUUGUUACUAACUACAUUUAUUUUAUAAAUUCUAAAACUUAUGAAUUGAAUGAAACUUUAAUAACUUUGACUAUUGUUACACUAAUUUGUAUUAAUUAAUUUUACAGGCAUGGCUUCUGAGGAUGCCUGUGUGGCCCAGGCGGUGCAGGAUGCCAUUCUCUCCAGGGGAGAAGCUUC